AUGUGGGGGUGUGCGAGAAGUGGGUGUGCGACGUUAGUUCGAAAAAUCAGCUUCACUGGGUCGACUGGGGUAGGUAAAAAGUUGGCAAACUUGGCCUCGACAACACUCAAGCGUGUGAGCCUUGAGCUUGGCGGUAAUGCCCCUUUCAUUGUUUUCAAUGACGCCGACCUCGAUCUUGCAGUUGAAGGCGCAAUGUUUUGUAAAUUCCGGUGUUCCGGACAGACCUGUGUCUGCGCAAACAGACUUUAUGUUCAAAAAGGGGUCGCUCAAGAGUUCACUAGCAAAUUGGUUGGCAAAGUAGCUGAGCUCAAGUUGGGCCAAGGCCUCGAAUCCUCCGUCACGCAGGGUCCACUUAUCAAUAAAGCCGCUAUUGAGAAAGUUAGGGAGCACAUCCUUGAUGCGACUUCCAAAGGUGCCAAGGUUGAAGUUGGGGGGCAAUCUCUAGACUUGCCAGGCUUCUUCUUCCAACCGACGGUACUUUCUGGUGUCACCGAAGAUAUGGUAGUAAGCAAGGAUGAGACAUUUGGACCUCUAGCACCCGUGUUCGAGUUUGAAACUGAGGAAGAUGCUGUACGACUGGCCAAUGACACCGAAUUCGGUCUCGCUGGGUAUUUCUUUUCAAAAGAUAUAAGCCGUGCAAUGCGUGUAGCGCAGAAACUGCAAGUGGGGAUGGUGGGUGUGAACACUGGCAAGAUCAGUGCUCCAGAGGCGCCUUUUGGUGGUGUUAAAGAGAGCGGCUAUGGCCGAGAGGGCAGUCUUUACGGGCUGGAAGAAUAUCAGAACAUCAAGAGUAUCACGAUUGGAAACCAGAAUGCAGGCGCAGCCUGA